AAUACUCUUACAGUUCCAGAACCCUCCACUCUCAACAGUAUCUUUUGGUGUCUACAUAGAUUGAGAAAAGAAGCAGGCUAAAGCACUGUUGAUGACAUUUGGAGAUACUGAAGAUGUUCUCUGUGGUUUCUGGCCAUCGUCUCUGGUGGAGACUGUGGCUAAAUCACCUGGUACCAACAGGGCAGCGCUUUCAGCAUGUGCACAUGAGGGUUGGAGACCGUGCUGAGCUCAGCAGAGCCUUCACACAGCAGGAUGUGGCCACCUUCUCAAAGCUGACAGGAGAUGUCAAUCCUUUGCAUUUAAGUGAAGAGUAUGCAAAACACACCAAGUUUGGAAAGACAAUUGUGCAUGGAGUUUUGAUAAGUGGACUUAUUUCUGCUCUCUUGGGUACUAAAAUGCCGGGGCCAGGCUGUGUGUUUCUAUCCCAGGAAAUUAAAUUUCCAGCCCCUUUAUAUAUUGGAGAAGUGGUUUUAGCAUCUGCAGAAGUGAAAAGGCUGAAGCAGUUUGUUGCUGUGGUCGCAGUGUCCUGCUGUGUAACAGAGAGUAAAAAGACAGUUAUGGAAGGUUGGGUUAAGAUUAUGGUCCCAGAAGCUCCUGGUGCUGAAAUGCAUAUUUAAAGUUGUAAGUUCAAACAUCUGUGCUUUUGCUAUGAAAUGUCAUUUGUGGGCUGUUGCUCUUCAUGAAGGAAUGGCUGGAAUACCUGGAAGCCACAUGGGAAAGGGGAACAAGCAGACAGAUUGUUUCAAUGUCUGCUUUCCAGAUUGGGCUUUAUGCUCUACCCAGACUUAAGUAUGUACAAGAUUUCGUCAUCUCUGGAGAUUUGGUUUUUGUUUGUUUGUUUUUUCUAAUUAUAAAACAAUUGAGAGGGGCUGGAGAGAUGGCUUAUCAGUUAAGGUCACUGGCUGCUCUUCCAGAGGAUCUGGGUUUAAUUCCUAGCACUCACAACUGUUUGGGGAUCCAACACCAUCUUCUGGCCUCUACAGAAACUAUAUGCACAUAGUGCACAAACAUACAUAUAGGCAAAACAGUGACACAAAUACAGCAAUAAUAAAAUAAAAAUUAAAAAUCUUUUUUAAAAAAUGAGAAUCUAUCUGCAUGUUUUACUUUCAGAAUUUCAAACGUAGUUAUAUUUGUGUUUGAUAACACCUACCUAUAUCUGUGUUGAGGAAGUUUUUUUUAUUGAAUUUAUACCACCAUGGGCUUAGUUACUAAUUGCAAUGAUGGAAGUAGGGUCAUCUUUGAACACCUACUCUUUACCGUUAAAUACUCUUAACCCUUUCUCCAUGAUUUUUGGAUUAGGGUUAUAAUUCCUUACUAUUUACACCAAGAUGUAAUCUUGUGGUGGAUGUGGUGGCACAUGCCUUUACUCCCCACUUGGGAGGCAGAGGCAGGUGGAGCUCAAGGCUAGCCUGGUGUGCUUAACAAGUUCCAGGACAGCCAGGGCUACAUAAGAGACUGUCUCAAAAAAAAAAAAAAAAAAAAAAUGCUGUGGACUUCAACCUUCUAUGUGACUUGCCUUUCAGGUAGUUUUUGCUAUUAUGGGAGAGGGAUUUACAUACAGCCUUGACUCAGUUAUGUAAACUAAUAUGGUGCAGUAUUGUUGGAAAUAAUAGAAACAUAGAAUAAGCAGAGGGCCAGACCUAUAAAUAAUAACCAAUAUACUAUCCUCCCACCCUGGUCUCCCAUGAGUGAGGUUAGGGGUUUUUCUGAAUUUGAAGCUGGCUGUUGUACAGUUGAACAAGUUGACAUGUAGAUUUUUCAGGAAGUAGGCCAAUAGUUUCUUUUAGCGUUUUAACCCUGAAGAGAAGACUCUGGGGGCAAAGGCUCUAUUUUAGGGCUCUGAUUCUUCUCUCCCUGUCUUGAAAAUGUGGGUUUACUUUAAAAGCAAAACAUAGAUAUGUGGUAUAAGGAGUAAGGCAUCACUGUGGUGAUGCAUGCAUUUAAUUUCAGGCAUAGGCAGGAGGAUCUCUGAGUUUGAGACCAGUCUGGUGUACAUAGCAAGUUUCAGUACUAUAUCAACCCUGUCUUGAAUAGGGAAAGAAAAAAGGUAUAAGUAUAUGGUGGAUGAGGGAGGCCAAGUUUGUUUUUUUAAGAGUUUGGGAGUCUAGGGAGAAUGUGCUUUUUAAGUACUUUUUAAGCAAGUAUCUAUAUAUACUUGUGGUCUGACUGUGCUCAGUAUGUUAAAUGGUAACUGACCUUAGCUAGAUGCUUUGAUUAGAAAUACAAGAUCAGCAGGCCAUAGCAUCAUUUACUUAGAAUUCCAAAAUUUACUACUAGGAAUUUGAGGCCAGCCUGAGCUACACAGCAAGACUUUAAAGGAAAACCAAAGAUCGGAUGUAGUUAGCAGUUCCGUAUUUCCUGGAAAAGGCAUUCCUUCUGGUGGUGUUUUGGUGUUCUGUUGUGUUUAUUUGUUUUUGUUGGUGUUUUUCGAUAGAGUUUCUCUGUGUAGCCCUGGCCAUCCUGGAGCUCAAUCUGUAGACCAGGGGGCCUUGAACUCGGAGAUCCGCCUGCUUCUGCUUCCUGAGUGCUGGGAUUAAAGACAUGUGCCACACCAACAGGCUCUGGUGGUGUCUUAAGUAAACAGAUUUUUGUGGGUAUGUGCUUGUUUGUGCAUGUGGAGGCCAAAGGUCAGUUAGAUGUCUCUCACUGGCCUGGAACUCAGUAAUUAGAUGAAGCUGUCCCACCAGUGAGCUCAAGGAAUCCACAUGUUCUUCCCCAAGCACUGGAUUAUAUAUAAACACAAGCCACUGUGCCUGCUUUGUUUGGUUAAACAUGGGGUUGAACACAGGUCCUCAGUUACUCAGCAAGAUACUUUGUCAACAGAACUCUCUGUUCCAAUAACCAGACUGGAACAGUUGAGUAGAUUACUAGAAAGAAUUAUUGUAGUCACUAGAGGGCAGUCAUGUGUCUUAAGUGAGUUAAUUAUAAACCUAUUACACCUUCCUCCAGUAUGUGAGGGUGAGAAGCAAACACCGAAGUCAGUGUCAGGAGCUAAGGUACUAUUGUAAGUCCCAGAAUGGGCAGCAUUGCAGACUGAGUUCAUCUAAGGAUGACAGUUCUAGGCAACUCACUAGACUUGAUGAAAUGUGUUAUAUAUCAGAAGAAAAUAGAGAACUCUGGUCAGUGCACACUCCUGCAGAACUCAUCCCUUAGGAUUCAACAGCAGUCUUAAGUGUGGAUCCAUAAAUGGAGCAAGAUGUGAUUUUUUUUUUUUUUACGUUUCUGAUAAGCUAAUUUUCUGCAUUUAAUAUAAUUCUUGAAACAGAUUUAUAAAGUUAAUGGCCCCAUUUUAUUGAGACAGAAGCAAACUGAUGCUGUAUAGCUGUUGUUAGUUGUUUUUGGUCUUUUGGGGGCUUACCACCCAGGUCCCAAAUAAAUCACACACGGAGGCUUAUUCUUAAUUAUGAAUGCCCGGCCUUGUUUCUUGCCAGCUUUUCUUAACUUUAAAUUAUCCCAUCUACCUUUUGCCUCUGAGCUUUUUCCUUUUCUUAUUUCUGUAUAUCUUUCACUCUUACUCCAUGGCUGACUGUGUGGCUGGCCCCUAGUGUCCUCUUCCCUGUGGUGAUAUAUUGUGUAUCCUAAUAAACUUUCCUGAGGAUCAGAUGACAGAGCCAGGCAGUGGUGGCACACACCUUUAAUCCCAGCACUUGAGAUCUCAUUCCUUUGCUUGGAAAACACACUCACCUUUAAUCCCAGGAAACAUGGCAGGGCAGAGAAAGGUAUAUAAGGCACGAGGAAACAGGAACUCACUCUCUUUAGGCUGAGGAUUUCGUAGAGGUAAGAACUAGUGGCUGGCUGCUCUGUUUCUCAGAUCUUUCAGCUUUCACCCUCAUAUCUGGCUCUGGGUUUUUUGUUUUGUUUUGUUUUGUUUUUUAAUUUAAAGACCAUCUAAGAUUCAAACAAUACCUCCCCUUGUUCUCUUGCUCCUCCUUUUCCUCCCAGAUUUUCCCUUCUAUUUAUUCUCUCUGCCUGCCAGCCCCGUUUAUCCUUUCUCCUGCCUCACUAUUGACUGUUCAGCUCUUAUUAGACCAUCACGUGUUUUAGGCAGGCAAAGUAACACAGCUUCACGGAGUUAAACAAAUGCAACAUAAAGGAAUGCAGUACAUCUUUGCAUCAUUAAACAUGUUCCACAGCAUAACAAAUGUUAACACAUCUUAAAAUAAUAUUCUACAGUAAUAGAGCUAGAUUCAAGGUUGAACUUCCUUUUUCCUACCACUGUGGAUCUACAGUGUUUUCAUUCCUGGAGCACUGUCAAUUUCAAUAGCAUUUUGUUAAAAUAGAAUUCUUACGUCUAUUCAGAUUGAUAUUCUCUGCUAUAGUUGUAGCAAUUGUUGAAACCAUUCUGUGCCUAUGGUUUCUACCCAAUGCCUGUCCCUCACCCCCACCCCCCAAAACAGUCGUGCCACAUAGUCUAGACUGGCUUUGAGCUCAACAUCUUCCUGUUUUAACUUCCCAAGUCCUGGGAAAACAAAUGUAACAUUGUGCUUGGCCACCUACCUUUUCCUAAAUGACAUUCAGAGAUUUUCAGAGGACUAAAGCUCUAAGGAUCAGCUAGAUGGAAAGAAAAAUUAGAGACAGGCAGUGGCUGAUGCCUAAUUCUAGCAAUUCAGAGACUGAGGCAGGAAGAUAGGCUAUCUGUUCCAACCAACCAAAAGAAAAGGUUAUGUAAGCCAUGUGGGGAGUAGAGAGGGAUGUCACUUUGGCUAAUAGCUGAUUUACACUGUGACUUCAAAAGUAGCUUCUCAUUUAGAGCAUUUCCACAUUAUUAAUAGUCUGGGGUGGUCAUGAACCUUGGUCUCUGUUAAACAGAGUAGAGUCAGUAGCCUAAGUGGUGACUCAGCCAUGGCUGUCAAGCUGCUCAUGCUCUGUUAAAGCAACCACCAGGAGAAAUGAUCACUUGCUUUCUCAAGCCCAGGGGCUGAUAAUUGAGAGGGAGCUUUAAUUAUAUUAGGUCACAUAUGGAAGUGAGUGCAAAAGUAAUGACUGAAAUAGGGCAUUUUGUCUAGCACUUUCCAUAUUAGGGGCAUUAUAAGACUGUAAUUUAUGUGAUACUUGAUUGGCACAGCAAGAAUAGCCAUCUUAAGCAAUUUUAGCCUAAUGUACUAGAAAUUUGCUUAAGAGACUGUUAUAUUCUGUUGGAAACAUUUCCAUAUUGCUGAAAUGCCACUCAUUUUUUUUUCCCCAGCAGCAAAUCUUAGAUUAAUAGGUGGAGCCUCACCAUGGCCACCAUUUAUCUUGUGAACCUGUCUUGUAUGUUCCUCUAGAAAAAGAAAUGUCUAAGUGUACACCAGUACCUCUGAGAUAACCAUGGGUUUUCAUUUGGGACCAAACUAUUAGUCAUUUUUCUUUUAUGUUCCUAGAGUAUAAUUCACAGAGCUUAAGAAAAUUGCUGUUAAAUCACAUCUAUUAAAGAUUUAUAUUAAAACUGUCACUCUGAGCAACUCUGUGAGUGCCUCAUGUACUGGCAUAGCUCAUUGACUAGCCCCAGGUCAGCAGAAUCAGGGUGCUGUCCAGUUACUGCCAUGGGUUGCAUGGCUGCCUGCAUGUGGUGCCAUCUAAGGGCUCCAGGUGCUUUAUUCUAUAUUCUUUGCUUUCAUUUGUAUUGCAAAGAGCAGAAUUCUCAGCAUCUUCAGAGAAAGUUGGAGUUGGAGCAGAAUGAGCAGCUAGAAGAAAACCCAAAUAAUAUGUACACCAGUCAAGCAAGAUUAAUAGAUUCCACAAGCUUUAUUCCUAAAGUGGCUCUUAACUGUAAAUUGUUUUGACAUUAUACCCUUGGACAGAUUUUCCCAGUGUUAUCAUAGAAAAUGUCAACAUACAAAUGACUAUGAGUUGAAUUUUGUUUAGUAUCCAGACUAUGAAUAUUUAAAGAAAUGAAGGCAUUUGGAGUUGUAAGACCACUCUGCUUAGGAAAUACUGAGUUUUCACAAGCUUCUGUGAUCUGAUUUGUAUAGCAGUUGUCAGGCCUAGAAAUUUCCUCACUAAAAUCCAUUAUGUUCAAUCAAUCUGGUCAAAUCUCAGGUUGUUAGAUAAACAACCCAUGAGCCUUCUAAACAUUUGGCAACAUAGCAGAAUAUAAAAAUCCUCUUUUCUUCUGUUGUCCUGCAAGUAGUUGUAUGUAUGCAAAAAGCAAAACGAUGACAUUCUCUCAUUCCUUAUUUAUUCAGCCCAAGACUAGAAAAGCAAGUCUGAUUUGAAUUAGAUCAGCUCUGGCCUGGGAAGAGCUUUCCCAUAUUUUGUCUGUGACAUUUCAAAUGCCAGACAGAGCCAGGCACAGAAGCUUGCAUCUGUAGUCAGCCAUUUGGGGCUCAGGCAGGAAGGAGAACCAUUGGAUCCCCAGGGGUUCAAGGCCAACACACUAAUUUAAAAAAACAAAACAACAACAACAAAAAACCCCACAAAAGCCAGAUGACUAUUUAGGUUAUCAUGGGGUUUCGAGUCUGGUCUGUGUGUCUCAGGAUACUCAGGGUUGCUGACAAGGAACUCACUGAGGUGUAGGAGAAAAAUAAGCUUAGCAGAAGUGUUUGCACUAAGGGCCUUCCGAAAGAAUCACAGAAGAAGGAUAAGGAAACACUGAGCUUGUCCCUGGCUUCCGUCAAAUAUUUCUCACUUUCGGUUUCUCUUUCCUGGUAAAGAAGACAGGCAAGUCACAUUUCAUGACAUGUGCAGCCCAGGUCUUCAGUUGUAAUUUCUUUUCAGUCCCUCCCCUUCCAGAGAAAAAAGCAUUCAAAUUCCCUGUUCCCAUGAAAGGCUGUGCUGACAUCCUCCUAACUAAUAUCCUGCAGUUAUACUUAGCCUUUCGUUCAGGUAUACCAACAUUAGCACAAUUCGGUGCACUCAGUAAUCCUGCCUGCUGAGGCUGUCCCAAUCUCCAUACCACAGCUGAGGAAGGUGAAGCAAAGUGAAAUCAGGCUGCUGGGUACCUCUGGAGCUGGUGUAAAUCUAAGGAGUCAGCUUAGAAUGUGGACCUGUAACCAUGACUAGCACUCUAGUUUCUUCUUCAGAUUUGUGAAGGCAGGUUUUGCUUAGUUCUUGAUUCUAACCCAAUUUUUCUUUCCUCUCAACGCAGUCUUCUUCCAAACCAAUCCUUUCUUCCUUCACCCACUCCAUACCCAUUUCCUGCUCCCCUACCCCAGUACUUUUAUCCACUUACUACUCACCUUAAGGUGAUACCACAAAAGAAAGACUGUCUGUAAGUGGCUGCUGCAGUCUGAGUGACUCCCCAAGGUUUUCAAUCUGUGCUUUGAGAAUGUCUACCUUAGUUGUCAGGAGAAUGUCCGUCAUAGCGGAAUGUGAAGAACUCUCUCUGCUAAGCACCUCCUGCCCAGCUUAUCACACAUCCUUGUCUCUUGCUGCUUCAAGCUACAUGGAUCCCUGGAGUAGCCUGUGACUUUAUGCCAUAUUUUUUUUCUAGUUUAUGUGCCUCAGAAGCUUGACAGGUGGCAUUUGUCCUUUUUUUGUUUUUUUGGUUUUUUUACUUUCCUAUGCCUAACACAAUAUUUGGUAUCCAGUGUAUGUUCUGUAGUUCAGUAGGUUUCUGAUAAAAUCGUGAAUGGGGCUGAAAUUAUAGCUAGCAUGCAAAAGGCUGGCUUCUUGAAGACCCCACUCAAACCCCACAUCCUUAAUGAACUGCCCCACAGUCCACUAGUUUUCAUGACUGUUUUAUCUCUUAUGCUCCUGUGGUGGCUGGAGCCUCAAUUUCAGUACCUUGCAGGCAUUGUCUCUAACAAUCUUUCCUUCCUCCUAUAGUAUUGAAAGACUGGACUGGGAAUGUAGGUCAAUGGCAGAACACCUGCCUAGCAUGCAUGAGGCCCUGGUUUUGAACCCCAGCAAAACCAAAAAUCCCACUCAUUUUCUGGUUUUUCGUUUGUGGACCCUUUUGUAUCCAAAGUCAAAUAGCACAACUGCCUCAUUUUGCUUGUGCAGAUGCACUGGAAAUGGAGAUGAGUACCAGUUUGCUAGAUUCAGAGAGGUAUCUUCUCAACCUUGGAAAUGUAUGUUUUGAAACUUGUGGUUUGGUAGAGCACUGGACUAUGGUUAUAUAAUAUUUUUGUUUCCUAAUCAUAAAAAUAAAACAUUGUAAUUAAAGGCAUUUUGAAAAAUA